GAGUGCAGCUCCGGUAUAUAUACUGGACAGCUGGUUCGGCAGACUCACUCUGCUCUAACCGUCCAUCUCCUGCACAACAUGAAGGUUCUUGUCCUCCUGAGUACGCUUGUAUUGUCGGUCGUCGCUGAAGCACCGAUCGACCGGUCGUACCUGCCUCCAAGUUCUGAGUAUGGACCGCCCUCGGCCUCCUCUCUCAGUUCUCAGUACGGCGCCCCAGCAGCCAACGGCCUCAGAACUCAGUACGGUGCUCCUUCAGCCAAUGGCCUCAGCACUCAAUACGGAACUCCUGCGCUGACAGGCGCUGCUUUUGGUCGCUCAGGCGCUUCCAGCCAGGGUCCAGCAGCUCGCGUCUCCUCCAGCUUCGGAAGCGCCACCUCCAGGAGGUUUGGAACAGGCAGGAGGAUCGGCGGUGGUCUCUCCACUCGCUACGGCGCUCCUUCGGCGGUUGGUCGCGCCACUGGCUUUGGAGGACUCAGUCUGUCCACACAGUACGGCGCCCCGUCCUACACUGGUGACGCGCUCUCCACUCAGUACGGUGCGCCCUCUGGUAACGCUGGUGGCCUUUCUCCUGUGUACGGAGUACCCGGAUAUGGCUACGGUCGCGCUGGAGCCCAGGAGGAUCCACUUGCUGAGCCAGCCAACUACGAGUUCAGCUACUCGGUGCAGGACGGCGAGACGCUGAGUGACUUUGGACAAGAGGAGUCCAGGCAAGGGGAGAGCGCCCAGGGCCAGUACCGCGUGCUGCUGCCCGACGGCCGCAAGCAGAUCGUCUCCUACCAGGCGGACGAGGGCGGCUACAGGCCCACCAUAGAGUACCAGGACACCGGACUCACCGCCUACUCCGCCGGCGGAAACGGCUACGGCAGGGGGCGCGCUGGGGCUGGAGCUGGAGCUGGAAAUGGAGGAUACCACUACUGAGGAGACUUUUACACUGUACAACCUCGAGGAAUCGAAUGUUCUAUGAGUAGCUACUAUAUUUUGUAUAUGCUACAGUACGUAUCUCUGUGGGUAAAGUCUAUAAUUUUUUAUAUAUCUGAAGAAAUAUCAGUGUGAGAGUGAUGUAAAUACGUAUAUAUUUUUGUACAUAGUGACUUGAAUAAACAGGAAAUCAAUUAUACA